UUUCCAGCCGCCCUGCACUUCCAUCUUACUUCGAGGCCCCGACACGUUUGGAUAGCCGUUGGAGACGGUCAUCAUCACAGGUGGCAGCACUGAGCUCUGCUGAGCUGUAGAUCAUCAGGGGUUACAGCCAUGUCUGAAAUCAAGCAACCAUCAGACGAGGAAGACGGCAAGCGGUACGGCGCCGGCAACGGCCCUGUCCUGGGCCAGGACAUGAUGGCCUCGCCCCCCUAUGACACGGCCUCGCUGUCCUCGGGCGAGGUCGCCUGCCCGCCGCACACCACCGAGCGCAAGAUCACGACCAAGAUCGACCUGCACAUCAUCCCCUUCGUGUCCAUCCUGUAUCUGAUGGCCUUCCUGGAUCGCGUCAACAUCGCCAACGCCCGCGCCUUUGGCCUCGAGAAGGAGCUCGGCCUGGGCGGCGUCGAGUACAACACGGCGCUGACCAUCUUCUUCGUGCCCUACAUCAUCUGCGAGAUCCCGUCCAACAUCCUGCUCAAGCACUUCUCGCCCCGCGUCUGGCUGUCGGUGUGCUGCAUCGGCUUCGGCGCCGUGACCGUGUUCCAGGGCCUGGUGCAGAACUACGCCGGCCUGCUCACCACGCGCUUCUUCUUGGGCCUGUUUGAAUGCGGCAUGUUCCCGGGCUGCUUUUAUCUGCUGGGGGCGUGGUACCGCCGCCACGAGGCCCAGAAGCGAUUCUCGCUGUUCUUCUCGUCGACGUCGCUGGCCGGGGCGUUUGGCGGGUUGGUGGCGUCGGGCAUUGGAAAGAUGGACUAUGUCCAGGGCUACCGGGGCUGGCGCUGGAUUUUCAUUCUCGAGGGCUGCUUCACGGUGCUCGUGGGGCUGAUUUUCCUCUUCACCUUUCCCUCGUUCCCGGAGCAGGCGACCUGGCUCCGCGAGGACGAGCGCGAGUUCGUCAAGGGCCGGCUGCGCGCCUCGCAGGGCCACAGCGCGGCCGAGCGCAAGAUCAAGCUCCGCGACGUCAAGACGGUCAUGUCCGACUACAAGAUCUGGCUCGGCGGCUUUAUGUACUUUGGUCUCAUCGUGCCGGCCUACUCAUACGCCUACUUCUCGCCCACCAUCAUUCAGAGCUACAAGUACGAUGCCAUCACCACGCAGCUGCGCUCCGUGCCUCCCUGGGCCGUGUCCUUUGGCUUCUCCAUGAUCGUCGCCAUCCUCUCCGACUGGAUGAGGCAUCGCUUCCUGUUUGUGAUUGGUGCCAUCUGCAUCUCCAUCGCAGGCUUCGGCAUCCUGAUCAAUGUGCACGACAACCUGCCCGUGCAAUACGCGGCGCUGUUCCUGACCUGCAUGGGCACGUACUCGGCCAUGCCAAUCAUCGUGUGCUGGUUCAAUAUGAACCUGGGAGGGCACCAUCGGAAGGCCAUCGGGAGUGCAUGGCAGAUUGGCUUCGGCAACAUUGGAGGCAUCAUCGCGACUUACUCGUUCAUCUCGAGCGACGCGCCAUUCUUCACCAAGGGCUAUGCCAUUUGCGUCUCGUUCAUCUGCUUGAGCGUGCUGUCCUGUGUAGCAUACGCUGUGGCCAUCACGUGGGAGAAUAGGAAGCGUGCCAAGCAGUUGCACAACCUGAAUCUGACUGAGAGUGAAAAGAUCGAUCUUGGGGAUUUGAACCCCGAGUUCAGGUAUAUGCUUUGAGCAUGGGAUUUGCAGUUGUAUUAUGAUGCGAAUGGUACAUUGAGGAUAGACAUAGACCGUAGAGCG